AUGGUGUUCACUAAUAUACGCGAGGUAAGAGCAGCAGCGAACAAGCAUUCCAUAACAGAAUGCAAGGAUCUGAAGUUUAAAAAGAAUGAGGCUAAGCGAUUCAGAGCACUUAGGGAAAUGCGGGCAACGAUCAGGGAGGAUAUUGGCACGGAUGUGUACCAAUCUAUUUGUGCAAGGGCAAAGAAACUAGUGCUUCAGAAGACUCAAGGGUGCUAUGUAGAUGAGUUUGGUAUUCUUUGGACAUAUGCCGAGGAGAUGAGAAAAGCAGAUCCUGGAACAACAGUUAAGAUCAAGGUUGAUCGUCUCAACCCCGAGAACAAGCCUCUUUUCCAACACAUGUAUGUGGGUUUUGCUUCAUUAAGGAGGGGUUUUUUACAAGGGUGUCGACAAAUAAUUGGCUUGGAUGGUUGCAUCCUAAAAGGAUUAUGCAAAGGGGAGUUAUUGUUAGCAAUUGGUCGUGAUGCAAACGACCAAAUGUACCCUAUUGCGUGGGCUGUAGUUGAGGUGGAAUCAAAAGAUUCUUGGUCUUGGUUUCUAGAACUGUUAGCUUCUGAUCUGAGUUUGGGAGAAGGUAGUGGUUGGAGCAUCAGUUCUGAACCAACAAAAGGGAUUGAUUCCAGCAAUAGCAAGUCUUCUACCAGCAGCAGAGCAUCGUCUUUGUGCACGACAUAUCUUUUGCAACUGGAGGAAGAGACAUUCAAUGCAAGCAUAGUUGAGGCGAGGCAUAAACCACCGUACAGCUUGUUGGAUGAUAUACGCGUUCUCACCAUGGAGCGGAUUGCUAAAAAACAAGAGGCGGCUUCUAAAUGGACUUCUCCAUUUUGUCCGAAGAUAAUGAAGAAGCUCGAGACUAAUGCAAAAGAAAGUAGGAUAUGUCGGAUUGUGACUUGUGGGAAUAAUGAGUAUGAGGUGAACCAUGGUGACGAAAGAUACAAACUGAGACUUGGAGCUGAGACGUGUUCAUGCAGAGCUUGGGAUUUGAGUGGGAUCCGUUGUCCCCAUGCUAUCACGUGUCUUGUGUAUGAGGGUAAAGAUCCCGUGGAUUACAUUUCCAAUUGGUACUCUGUGGCCAAGUACAGCGCCACUUACUCGAACACCAUGCCAGGGAUGGAUGGACCAAGACAAUGGGUGCCGGUUAAUUUGGAUCCGAUUCAGCCACCCCCAUUCAGAGCAAUGCCUGGCAGGCCAAAAAAGAAGAGAAGGCUUUCCGUUGAUGAAAUAUUGCAGAAAGACAAGAAAAACCCUCACAAGUUAAGCAGGGUGAAUCGGAUCAUCUUUUGUUCAAAAUGCAAACAAUCUGGGCACAACUCACGUACUUGCCCAACAAAGAAUGCUCCACCAGUGGCUUGUGCAACUUCUGUUGGAGCAUCGCAAGGACCUACUGGACCUUCUAAUGGGACUGUUGCUCAAACUCUUACUAUACCUGCUGGAAGAGGAAGAGGAAGAGGAAGAGGGAGAGGAAGCAGUAGGGGAAGGGGGAGAUGA